AUGGCUCCACCCACGACUAUGUGAACCUGGUUAUGUAAGGUGUGGACAUUUGGCAAACGAUAACCGGUCUUUGUACUGGCGUAGCCUUCCAGGAUGUUUUUAAAAUUGCAGCUUGACUCUUUGCCAUAGGGUGGCCGGUCAAAAAUCUUAAACCGGAGAGCAAAAUUUUAUCUUCUUUGGUUGGAAAUGUCAUUGUAUAUCCCUGUUUUCUUACUUUUUUUUCCGUUAGUUUUCCUUCUAAUUGAUCCGUUUUAAAUUGAGCCAGGUUUUUUGUUCGUUGGGUCACACAGUACAUCUUCGUCAGGAAGUAGGAAUUGUUCAUUGCUGCAAAUGACGUACCAGUUGUCAAAGUAUUUGCCCUUCACAGUUCCAUCAACUUGGUUUGUUACACCAAGAAGCUCCUCUGAACAAAUAGCGGGAUCACAUUGUGUUUUACUUCCGGUCCAGUCCCAACAAGGAAGAGCAAAGUUUUUCAUCGUUACUUAUUUCGUGUAAGGUUUUUUUCCCCAAGCCAACAUGUACAGUCGAUGCCACGUAGGAAACCCCUGCCCGUCAUUCGCAAACUCAAUAUGCGCCCUUGUCAUGUUAUGUUGGUGUCUCGUGCAGCAUAGUAGUGCAUUCACACGAACAAGUCAUAGUUGCUGACGUUGUGAAAGAGUGCUGUCGGGUCGCGGUUGGACUUAACGGUUUUGCUGACCUCUUCACUGUAUGGUGUCAAAGUCACCACAUAAUCGCUUAUAUAGUGCCUGGACAUGUUGAUGUACCUGAUGUAUUGAUCCUUCUCCUCGGCUGACAACUUGAGAAAAUUUUUGCGAGUCAGGGUUUUUUUUUUCUGCGUUUAGUCAUUGUCAUAGUAGCCAAACUCACACUUGUUGCAGUCAUAUCCAGCAAAGUUUUAAUUGCAUUUGCACGUUUUGUGGUAAAGUGCAGGAGGUCAGUUAUGGCGCGCGUCGUCUUUCUGGAAAGGUUGGUUAUGACGGAACUUGAACAUCCAAUCACGAAUGAUCAUUUCCUGUCAUGUACCUCUGUUUCCACCGCUACCGCAUGGUGCACUAAAUCCUUUUGGGAUUGGACAACAUUUCUUGUUUUUCAGAUUCAUCAGGAAUGUACAAACUCUAGGAAACUGACCUUCAGCCUAGGGUAAGGUGAACACAAUUAAGACAAGACACGUGAUGAUACGGCAGCUCAUCUUACUUGGGACUUCCUGAAUGAAUAAAGAGGAUUGUUCAUUUUCGAGAAAAGGCUAAUGUUCAACCAAGAGGUCUUUACGGGCUUCAAAAUAUAUCAUCAAAUUGUUAGCCGUCAGUCGCAUUGUAAAAUGGUUUGAACCCUAGGAACGCUUUUUAACACAGCGACUGUCUCCACCACAGAGGCGUCCUUGUGUUGCAGGGGAACUGGAGAGAAAGAAAAAGAGAGCGCGCGGGGCACGAUGGGAAGGGCAAAGAAAGAAGAGAGGCCUCUGCCAUAUAACUACUCGUUUCCUUGUAAUUUUGUCUAUUUGAAGUACAUGACCUACUUUAUAAGUAAAUUAAUAACACGAAUUUGGGUAAAAUCCUAUUUUAUAAGUCGAGUUAUCUGUUGAAUUAAGAAACUCUUAUGGUAUACCAUAUAUAAGCGAAACAUCUACUCUUUUCUUUCAUUAAUAUUGUCUAUUUUAAGCGGAUGAUUAAAUUUAUAAGCAAAUCUAAAUUGAUGUGCAAUCGAUUUUGUAAAUAACUCUAAUUACAUGUACCAUCGCUUACUGUUACGCAGGUUUAAUCUUGUAUCUUUUUAACAUUGUCUAUUUCAUUUGCCUGAUCCACCUCAUAAGUAACUUAUGAAUUAAGGUAUAUUCCUUUUCACAAGUAAGUUACCUAUGGUAUAGGAAACUCUAAUAUUAGAAUCGCUUAAUGUGCUAGCUACUCCGCAGAUUUAAUCGGCGUAAAACGUUUCAUAAGCCAAAAACUGAUACAAUUGUUUCUUUACUCGAUAUUGUCUACUUCAACAUUGUCUACUUCAUAAGCACAUAACUACAACUGCAUAAAUUUAGGUAAAUUCUAUUUCAUAGGAUACCUAAUGGGCUUUACUACUCGACGGAUUCAACGGUAUAUAUAGCCUAAAUUGAAUUUUUAUGUAGGCGACAUAUCUGCCGGUACCUUUCGUCAAUUUUACGUCUACAACCUACAUCAUAAUAAGUAUAUAAGUAAAUAGAAAUUGAAGUAAACCUUGCUUCAUGAAUAAGUUACCUAUUAUCGGCAUAGGGAACUCAUGUCUACUCCAGUAACAUAACUGCUAAUUAGUAACUACAACGCGUAUUUAAUUGUAUAUUCUACAACCUUUAAUAACUGCCAUAUCUACCAACAGUAUUUUUUAAAAAAAUAUGUUGUCUACCUCGUGUGUAUGAACUUCUUCAGAAGAAAUAAUACAAUGAAUGUAAACAGGGGCGUAGCUAGGGAUGCUCCUAGGGUGCCCGUGAUCCCCCCUUUGUAUGUCCCUACAAUUCAGGUGGCCAAAACCUGCGAAUCCGGAGAAACAAAAUGCAAUCAAUAUUUUCCAGUGCUAGAUUGUUGCUUACCCAUUUGCGGGACCGAACAUCUGCAGUGGACCAUGUUCUUGUUCCUUGUUCGCAAGUAAAAUAGAGUAUAUAAUGCUACGUGGAGCGGAAUUAAUCCAUGCAGCUAUCUCACUGCUCAUCCAAAACAAUGUCACUUGUAGUAAAACACGGCCUGGAUGUGGACAUACCAAUCUGGUAAGUACCCUGGGUGUGACACAGCGUAACCUCCCCCCCCCCGCCAGUUCCCCCCCGACCGCCUCCUAUGAAAAACCCUGGCUACGCCCCUGUAAAGUAACGUAAUCUAUCGCAUAUGGAAAAAUAGAGCUACUUAUUUUUUAUUUUUCCAAUUUAACCAUCGUAUAAGCAAGCCUAGGACAUACACUAGCGUCUCAGUGGUUUUCUCCCAGACCUAUAAUUUACCUUGUUUUUAACAACGUUACUCCAAAAACGGCAUUUGCUAUUAACCACGAUGGGAAAUACAAAAAAAUACACACUGCUGUAUUACUUCUGGGUAUCGUUACUAAAAUUGUACGGAAAAGUCCUCGCUACUUCCAAUAAGUGGUUUGUUUUCAACCUAAGUAAUUGCUUUCCUAAUAAUACUUUUGUACACUACUUUGUCAUGAUAAACAAUUGGACACGACUUCCUGCAAUAGACAUUUUAGCAAUUCAAUUCUAUCAACUGCGAAAAUUUUCACAAAAUAUUUGAUAGACGUUACACAGCUCUGGAUAGUUCAUCGAUUAUAUCCUGCAUGGUUGGUCUCGCUUCAGGAUCUGUCUUCAGGCAUCGUCGUACCAGGCCUCUUAAGGUGCGAUUCGUCAUCAGUAGAACUUGCUGUUCACGUCUUCUCGGAUCUGGAACUUGCCGGAUGCACAUUUCACAAAGAAGCACACCAAAGCUAUAA